AUGCCGGCUUACCGAAUUCACUUCCAAGGAUGGAACAGCAGUUGGGAUCGAACGGUUGGUGAAAAUUACAUCUUGAAAAGCAAUGAAGAGAACAGACGACUGAUGAAGAAACUGGCAGAAACUGCCAAGUGUUACCAUGAUAAUCAAGUGAGGAAGACUAAAAUAGAUGACAUCCUUGAGAAAGCCUUCAAGCACAAACCUUUGGUGUUUGACUUUGAAUCAGAUUUAGAUGGUUCAGAUUUCUCUGAGAAGAACAGUCAGAGGAAACCAGUCCAAAAUGGUGCCACCAGCAAAAACGAUCAAUCUGAUGAUAGUGAUGAAGAUAUUGAAGUUGGGUUGACCAUUCCUAAGAUCCUGCAAGAAAAGCUGGAAGAGGACUUCAUCAUGAUUAAUAAAAGGAACAAAUUGUUACGUCUUCCUGCCGAACCUAAUGUUAUUUCUGUUCUGGAAGGAUAUGUGAAGAAAUUCUCGAUUAAUGUCCUUUAUGGUCAUUCCAAUCGAUGGAAACUCAUGGCUGAGAACAAAACCUACUCGGCAGAUAUGAAGAGCAUCCCAAUGUGUCGAGAAGUUGUUGAUGGCAUCCGUAUCUGCUUUGACUUCAUUCUGCCUACAGUUCUAUUGUACAGGUUUGAGAAAGACCAGUUUUCAAGUUUUAUGAACCAACAGUGCAGGACAUUUGACUAUAAUAGAAAGCAAACAAUGUCUUCCAUGAGUAGCCAAACCCAGAAUACCAAUUCCUAUGCAAGGAUGACCUCUUCAAGAAGACAGACAAGAAAGUACCAAAGAAAUCUCUCCAGGAACUGUUUGGAAAAGUCUAAUCUGGACACUGAAAAAUCUAUAGACUUCAAUGGUUUGAAUGUGACUGAACUGGUGACGACAUUGUCCUCCACUCCGACAGCGUCACCCUCCCCAUCUGCUGGGGCAUUCUGCCGUAGAGUCACUAGACAGUAUGUUGCUGAAACCUCUAAUGCUCUGCGUGAAGUGAGGCAACAGUCAAGACCCGGUGUCAGGGGUCGCGGAAGGCGGAAAUUUAAAGAUUGCAGUUUUAAAAGACAAAAUGAUCAAAGAAAAAUUGCAGGGCGAGGCCGAGGUUGUAGCCGAGGUCGUGGCCGAGGUUGUAGCCGAGGCCGAGGUCGUGGCCGAGGUUGUAGCCGAGGCCGAGGUUGUGGCCGAGGUCGAGGCCGAGGUUGUAGCCGAGGCCAAGGUUGUGGCCGAGGCCGAGGCCGAGGUUGUAGCCGAGGCCGAGGUUGUAGCCGAGGUCGAAGAGGUAGGCCUCGUUCAAAACAUCGGAACAUUGGCGUGUCUGAUGUCCACGAGGAACCCAUGAUAGAUGGUGAGAGUGUGGGGGUGAACUGCUUGCAAGAAACUCAAAAACCAGCAAUAGAUGGUGGGUUUGUCAUUGUAAAAACAGAAUCUAAUUUUGAUGCAAUGCCAAAGUCGGAACCAAAUGGCUGUAAUACCCGUACUUCUGCGACAUUGGCUGCACCAUUUUCAACUACAGUGGUGACAACCAUGACUGCGACAACAACCUCAGGAACUUCAUCUCAGUGUUGCACAUUGUCUGUCCCACCGCAGUUAAAAGAAGAUGGUGUACCGUCUAUGUCAUCACCAUCUUCAGGACAUCAUCCAUAUCGUUUGAUGGUAUACAAUACUGGUUCAGCAGCUUCUAGUGUGUCUUCAAUGGAUUUGGAUAAAGGCUGGCCUUACCAUAAAGAGGUGUUUCCUUCACCACCUCCCCAAAGUAGGAUCGAUGAAAUACUUAUGUGGAAGCUUUUACCACCAAAUGUCUAUUCAGAUUGUUGUCCUCAGCCAUCACUUGUCUGCGGCCCACAUCAGUUAUUAAGGCUGUUUGUGAAACUUCCUGAAUUGCUGGGCAAAAUGGAUCUUCCUGACAUGAAGCUGAGCAUCUUGGUGCAUUAUUUGGAGAACUUUCUUGAGUAA